CGGCACCCUUAAAAAAGGGGGAGUAGUAGGUGGUAACUUCAAUCUGCUGUAUUUCAAAACAACUUUUUUAUUGUUUCAGGAUUCAAAUCCACAGCACUGACUGCUCUAUCCCUCGAGAAAACAACAAAGAAACAUGUCUGUUUACAUCAAUAACAGUCAAGGCCAUUUUACCUUGAGCCUCACACAGGCAGACAAGUGGCUGUCUGUCUUUGACUGACAAACAAAGUGCAGAUACGCACAAGCUGAGUUAAAAGGAAUACAAAAGGAUAGGCCCCCCGGCCCCCCAGAGAGGGCACUAUAGCAUCACUCUACACUUGACCUCUCCUCCCCUCAUCAUGAGCAGCCGGGAGCUCAUGUAACCAUACAGAUGACUGAACAGUAAGAAUGCUGAACAUCACAGAUUAUUGGAGCCCCUGUCAAACCCUGCUGUCUGUGAUUAAGCUGGCUUAAUGCACCUUGCUCUCCACCUUUAUGCCUCCGACUGGCUGAUGUCUUCCUCAACACUGUAGUCGAGGAUGGAUCUGACACCAAAGGCCUGGUUCUUCUUGAUCAGCGGUCUGAUGGUCCUGUGAUCCUCUCCAGCCACAAACUGGCCAUAAAAUGUCAUCUUCAUGAGCUGGUCAAAGGCUCUCUGGCCAAGCGUUUUCUUACCUAGAGUCAUUAUCUGGGCAGAAAGAGUGACAGCACACUAUUUGGAUAUGUACAUGUAUAUAACGUGUCUGUUAUUUAUUUUUAAUAGUCCUAAUUUCAAAUCAAAGAGUGAAUUAUUGCAACUACACUAUGAAUCAGAGUAAUGUCAGAUUAAUUAUUACUUCACAUUCAGGGUCAUCACUUGCUUUCGGCCAAGUUUUCCAGUGAUUCCAUGAAAAAUAUGGAAAGAAUGAACCUGCAGUACGGUACUCCCAUGCAUCACCGUAUGCAUUAAUACAGGAAUAACAAUAUAAAUAUGUCUAGCACUAUCCAAUCUAUGUUAUCGGUGAGAAUGACUAGUGUUGCAAUGAACUACAUACAAUUGUACAGGUGGCCAGUGAGUGUAUAUUUCCUAGUGUGCCACUCGUUUGCCACCUACAUGUCUAACAACAGCUGAUUAUAUUAUGCCACUCCUGUGGCCCAAUUAACCAUCAUGCACGGUAAUAUUUUGAAUAUGCAAAUGUUGUGAAAAGUGUUUAGGUAAUUAAAUAAGAGCCAAACAACAAAACAGUUAAAUAAUAGAGUAUUAAUAGAAUGUACAUUGUAUAUUGUGCCCAGUAACGCUAAACAUUGGUGCAUAUAGGUAGGCCUAUACUAUAUUUCCCCCUGAAAGUGGACGUUUUGCCUGAUGAGCACUUUUGUACAUUUUGCUGACUAUAACCUAGUUUUACCUGACUAAAACUUAUUCUUUUACUGAGCAUUUAUCCAUUGUAGCAUGAUGUGCUUAAAGGCCCUAAAUACGUCGUACACCAGUGAUUCUUUUGAUAAUACUUAAUAAUUUGUUUCAGAAACUUGUCUUGCAAGGAAACGACCUCAUUCCCUUGGAGAGCACUAAAUUGGAGACAGAUUGGCUGCUACUAUUCAUGUCAUCAGGAUGGGUGUGCUGCAGUGGAUGGGGCCAGCUAGGAGAUGAAUGCCUGACACCUCUCUGCAAAGGCAACUUCACCUGCAAGGAAAAUGAGGUGUGUGUCAGGCCGAAUGAAUGUCGCUGUCGUCAUGGAUACUUUGGAGCUAGCUGUGACACUAAGUGUCCUGCCCAGUUUUGGGGGCCUGACUGCAAGGGGAAAUGUAAUUGUCACCCCAAUGGUCAGUGUGAUGAUUUGACUGGCGAGUGUACCUGCAACCACAAUCGCUGGGGACCAAACUGUGAGAACGCGUGCUUAUGCCAAAAGGGCAAAUGUGACCAAGAGACGGGCAAAUGCACAUGCCACCCUGGCUUUUGGGGUCCCCAGUGCAACAACAACUGCUACUGCAGCAUCAACUCUGUAUGUGAUGCAGUGACGGGGCGAUGUAUGUGCAACUCUGGCUGGACAGGGAGGAACUGUGGAAUCCAGUGUAACUGUAACAAUUCACCAUGCGACCAGUUCACGGGACGUUGCCAGUGCCGAGAGAGGCUGUGGGGCCCACGAUGUGAACGAUAUUGUCAGUGUGUUCAUGGCAAGUGCAACCAGGCAGACGGCUCGUGUACCUGUACACCAGGGUACCGUGGGAAGUUCUGCAGAGAACCGUGUCCUGCUGGAUUCUAUGGUCAAAACUGCAGGAACAGGUGUGGACACUGCAAGGGCCAGCAGCCCUGUAAGGUGACAGAGGGAACCUGCAUCACCUGCGACCGAGGCUGGAACGGAACACGAUGUGAUCAGCUCUGCUCCAAGGGCUUCUUUGGUGAAAACUGCCAGGAAGUGUGUCCCACCUGUAAAGACGGUCACCACUGUGACCCCAUUCAUGGCAAGUGCUCUCACUGUAACCCUGGCUGGAUUGGGGACAGGUGUGAGGUGCGCUGCCCCAAUGGCACGUAUGGUGAGAACUGUGAGAACAACUGCAGUCACUGUUUUAACGGCAUCUGUCAUGUUGUCACCGGAGAGUGUCUAUGUGACCCAGGGUUUUAUGGCACCUACUGCAAUAUGACCUGUCAACCUGGCCAGUACGGAGUGAACUGCAACCUAACUUGCUCUUGCCAUGAGAAGAACUGUGAUCCUGUGUCUGGUGCCUGCUAUCUCCAGCCCAACCAGAGGAUGGGUGUUAUUGCAGCUGGAACCCUCGUCUCCUUUUUACUGAUUGUCCUCCUCUCGCUGCUUUGUUGCUGUUGCCUGUGUCGACACAAAGACGACCACAACAAAAAAGCCAAGCGGAUCCUGUGUGGACGAUUCAGCCGAAUCAGCACUAAACUUCCUCGUAUUCCACUGAGGCGACAGAAACUGCCCAAAGUAGUCGUAGCCCACCACGACCCCGAGAACACCUUCAACUGCAGCUUUGUCGAGCCCCCCUCAGCAGCUGAGCAGCCCUCCCCCUCCUCCUGGUCAUCCCAGGAGUCCUUCUCUUCCUUUGAGAGCGGAGACGAGGGCCCAGUGUACUGUGUGCCCCAUGAAGAAUCUGUGAAUGAAAGCAAAGAGACGCGCAGCCCCAGCCCAGCAACAGAGAAGCCAGAGGCCAUCCCUAAUGAGGAGGAUGCAGGGGAGUACACCUCCCUGAAAGACACCAGUGCCACAAAAGCAGAAGGCAGCGAGCAGCCCCUGCUCAAGUCCUCUGACAGUGAGGGCUCCACCAGUGGAUCUGAGUCCACUACUGCAGCUCUCUAUGCACGCAUUGCCCGCCUCUCUAAGCAGUCCAAGGACGACGAUGGUAGUGGCAAGGACGGGGAUGGCACUUCUACGCCAGAGGUUAAGCGCAAUGGAAAGCCACCACCUUCACCUGGCAAGCCCAAACCACGCCCACCAGACCCAUCCACUAAACCCAAGGUAUCAUGGAUACAUGGAAAUACCACGGGGUCUCCCCAGGCAGAGCAGCAGGGGCAGGGGGGAAUGAAAGCACUUACUGUGCCAAAGGAGAAAAAGAGGAGCUCCAGCAAUAGCUCAUCCAAGAGUGAGGAGCGGCAGAAGACAAAGGAGAGGAACCGUGAGCAGCAGAAGAAACAGGAGGGGAAGGAGGCAGAUGUCAGCAAACACAAGCCUCAGCGAGGGAAGAAGUCUGAGGGUGAGCACAGCAGUCCCAGCCACAUGGAGCACAUCAAUGGUGUUGUUCAGAAUGCCCUCAAGAAGAUUAGUAGCUUCCACAGCUCCUCAUCUGAGAAAAAGAGUGCUGACAGUCCAAAGGACACCACCAAGGAGCCACCCAAGAGCCCCAAGGUCAUCCAUCCUCAUAUGAACUCUGAGGCAGCCACGCUGCUGGCUGCUCAGCUCAAGGAGAAAACCCAAAGCAUCAACAGGAAUGAGGGGACAGGCCUGACAAAGACCAACGGUCUCUCCACCCCAAAGGGAACCCGGGAGAAGCCCACACCUCCACAGAAAACCAAGAGGACACCCUCCAGUGGAACGAGCCAACAGGGCUCUAUCAAGCCCCUGCUGCCCACCUCAACAAGCCUCCAGAAGAUGGUGGCACCUGUCACCACUGACCUUAUGGUCUCUGAAGCCAAGAGCCCGGAGAAGCAGGACUUGAACGGCUCAAGGGCAGGGGACCCAAUGUUGGAUCUGACACCAAAGAAGACUCCAAUAAAAAAACCACCCAGGAAGAAAGGUAAGGAGGGUGCUUUGGAUACAGCUGAAAGUAAAACACCCCAGCAAAAGACAGCCAUCAUGCCACCACAGGUAGUGAAGUGAACACUUGUGAUGGAGUUCCAAAAAACUAAAAUGGAUUUGUUGAUAGGUGAACCACAUAGUUUUUCAAUGAAGGAAUUUAAACAUUUUUAUGUGAGAGUGUGCUGUGACUCCAGGACCAGUGAAGAGUGAGUGUGUUUAAAUCAAGGGUGCAACCAAGUCAUACUGGUGAGUUGUAUUAUAAUGACCUCUAUAGACCAUUGUACUACAUUUCAAGAAUCUUUUUUCUGUAACAACUAUGUAUCAAUCUUAGACCACAACCUGUGGCUAAGCUGGACACAACUGUGAGAACAGCGGUGCACAAACAUAAUCCAUAGUUCGUUCAUGUCUAUUCCUCUGUGUUAUGUCCACUACUUAAUUUAUAUAUGGAUUGCUUUUCAGGUUUCUCAACUAAUUUGCUAUGCAGAUGUCAGAAAUAUAGCUACUUUUUUUUACAGAUUGUAUGCUUUCCACAGGUACUACAGGUACUAAAGAUGACAAGAAAAUUAGAUCCUCUCAGGAUUUCAAGCUAUUUUGUUUGUUUUAUUUUUGUCUUCGGCAAGGAAAGCCAUUUUGUCUCCUCGUUGUUAAUACUACAGCAGGUUUCAGUUUGAUAUACCAAUACAAAUAUUUUUCUUUAAUCAACUAAAUUUAACACCUCAAAGGUCUCUUUUGUCCAAAUCUGUCAGACACCGUUUUGUUGCAAAAAGUGUUGUUUAAAAGCUCCUUCAUACUUCUGCUAACACCAAAUCACCACACUGUGCUCUUACUGUACAUUUUAUUCAGUCUGCUAAACCACUAUACCAAAAAUGAAACCCCAAACUACCUUGUGUCUUCACUUAAUGUCAUGCUUAUAAAUCACUUUAAACUCACUCACUUUCUGCAACAGCUGCACUUUCCCUGUGCUGUAUUUGCAAAAACAUAGUAAUAUCAUCCUGUAAAUCCAAUGCAAUAGAUAGUCUUAUUAAAGUAAUGGCUGGUAGUAACAUCCUCUACAGAUUACUGAAGGAGACGGACAUUUUUUUCUGGUUCAGUUUAAACAAGAAACUAGGUUUGUUUUUGCCACUUGAGCUGUUCUUACUUCAAAUGAAUUUUUUUAUGCUGUCGGGGUAUUGUGUGAAAAAACCUUGUCCAAGAUGUUUUUCCUUCAAGGAUUACAUGCUCUUAAGCUAAUGGAUUUGUGCUGAAGUAACAAGGUGCUUUAAUUUCAUUGUUUCAUGAUAGGAUUGUAAGGCUAAAUGGUACCACACCCUGAGUGUUAAAUGUGCCUCAACUGUGGAUCAGUUAAAGCAAAAGAAGCUAUUUUACCUAAAUGUUGUUUGCCAACAUUUUUUCAAGUGUUGAUCCUAAAAUAGGCAAACCAAAUAAGAUGAUGGGGUGAGAGACUUAAACUGGACUAAUUUUAGGUUGUCAAAAAGAACAACCUUUUAUUUCAGCUACCGGCGGAUAUCCGUUUUGAAAACAGCCCUCAACACAUGAGCUAUGAACAAAAAAUAUGCAGUAAGUUAAUGUUCUUGGCUGUGUUUUGGGCUGAAGAAUAUUUUAAAAAUCAUAGCUAAUCAGAACAAUUGUCUUGGUUGUAUGUGCUUUUAUCGAGGUACACACAUUUCUUUGGUUAUUUUUUCAACUUUUUCUACUUGUAUACACUGUGUACUUUUUAUUAUCUUUGUAAGCUGUGCUUAUAUGACCUUUUUAGUUCUUCUGUUUUCCUUGGUGUCAGUGAACUGGCUUUCAUGUUAUAUUUGCUUUUUUGGUAUGUCACUUAUUUUGGGCUCUGAGACAAAUCUACAGUAUGAGUACUUUCUUUCUGUAACGUUUACAUUGGCUUUGUAAUUGUUCUUUGUUGAUGUUAUUGUUUGUGUAACACUUAACUGCAUGAUGCAGAGUGUAAUUAUAUGGCAUUAAUAACCACACAGAAAAUCUGUCACCUUUUUGCUCCCUCUGGUUGUUAUUACUGCCUGCCAUAAAAAAAUAACUCAUACAGACAGGAUUGUAUGAUGCUAUGAUACCACUGGUGAAACUGUUGCAUAUACAGAACAUACUUAAAACCAUAACAUUGUGUAAUUAUAACGUGGCAGUUUUGACUGGCCUGUGCCAGUUUUUAUAGGCUUACAGUGCACUUUUGUAAAGAAGGGUCUGAAAAGCUGCAAAAACAAAUGUAGGGUCUAUUUUGUCUUUUAUGCUUUGUUUGUAGAAACGUUUUUGUGUGGUGAAUAAAUAGGUGUUUCCUCAUUUACCUCUUUGGAAUAAAAAAAGCGCUACACAUAGCUCUGGUCAAACCAGAACUUAAAAAUCAUUCCUCAUUUAAUCAGCUUACAGAGACAGGCUUCAUACUAAAUCACUGA